UCUCACCGGGAGCUCUGCGGGAAGCUCUCAGUCAUGACUGCGUGAGCAGAGCGAAGGGAGCAGGGCGCGGAGCUGCCAGCGACACCUCCUCUAACCCUCUCUCCAAACCUCCACCAGCACUCUGCUGCCUGCUCUAUGAUGCUUCCGUGGAAGAGGAGUCUUGGCGGAUUCAAAGACUACAUUUGGUGGACCAGACAAGGGGCCACUUUGCCUGGAUUACACGAGGAUGAAAGAGAGUUUUUGGAGAAUUCUGGCUCGUUCGACCUUUGAAGCCAGGGGCCCCAUUGACGCAUUCUGGUGAUUUUAGUCAGACCCACCGUUUUUUUUUUUUUUGACGUGAUGGCCAACCUUAGUAUGGUUGACGUGACCGUGGACAACGACACGUCGGUGCAGGACAAUCAAACCCUGGGUGUUUGGACCGACUACACGGUCGAGUACAAAGUGGCCAGCGUGUUCCUGGUGUCGCUCAUAUGCGGGUUGGGGAUCGUGGGCAACGUGAUGGUCAUCCUGGUGGUCCUGACCACCAGGCACAUGCGCACCCCCACCAACUGUUACCUGGUGAGCCUGGCCGUGGCUGACCUGAUGGUGCUGACGGCCGCCGGGCUGCCCAACAUCACCGACGCCCUGCACGGACAGUGGGUGUACGGCUACGCGGGGUGCCUGGGCAUCACCUACUUCCAGUACCUGGGCAUCAACGCGUCCUCUUGCUCCAUCACCGCCUUCACCGUGGAGCGCUACAUCGCCAUCUGCCACCCCAUCAAAGCGCAGUUCCUGUGCACUUUGUCCAGGGCGAAGAAGAUCAUCGUCCUGGUGUGGACGCUCACGUCGCUCUACUGCGUCAUGUGGCUCUUUCUGUCCGACACGAAGACGUCGGCGUACGACAACGUGGUGCUGCUCAGCUGCGCCUACAAGGUGUCCAGGAGCCACUACCUGCCCAUCUACUUCACGGACUUCGCGGUGUUUUACGUGCUCCCCCUCAUGCUCGCCGUGGUUCUGUACGGGCUGAUCGCGCGGAUACUUUUCGUCAACCCGCUGCCCUCGGAUCCCCAAAGCGGCACCAAGAAGUGGAAGAAGGAGACGGGACAAGGGGGGAGGAUGAGCGGCACCUGCUCCUCCAGCAGCACCACGGCGGCCUCCCGCAGACAGGUGACCAAGAUGCUAGCCGUGGUGGUGGUCCUCUUCGCCUUACUUUGGAUGCCCUACCGCACCUUAGUGGUGGUCAACUCCUUCCUGGACAAGGCCUACCUGGACACCUGGUUCCUUCUCUUCUGCCGUCUCUGCAUCUACCUAAACAGCGCCAUCAACCCGGUCAUCUACAAUGCCAUGUCCCAGAAGUUCCGCGCCGCUUUUAAGAAGUUGUGCCACUACGGCCCUCAGCACACGGAGAAACCUGCCUCGUACAGCGUGGCACUGACCUACAGCGUCAUCAAGGAGACGACUAACGGCGGAAGUCCCGACCACUUCGUCGCAGAAAUGGACGGCGAGCCCAACACCCCGAAUAAUCGGUACUUACCCGCCAGCCUCCUGGCAAGUGCCACGGACAUGCCGUUCGCAGAGUGUUCCCUGUCAGGUAGUGAUGUCAAAGCCUGAGUAAAACACACUUUCCACCUCAAGUGGAGAGCCGAGAGAUCCGCUGAGUGGAUUCGGUCACUGAUGGAACACUGAUACCCCGAGCUUGCCCUUUCAAUUUAGAUGGCCAAAAGCAAAAUACUUUAGAUGAAUUAGAUGAGGUAACUGUUAGGUAUUGAUUGUACAAACAAAGCAAGAAACAGUCAUUAUAUUUGCAAAAAUGAAGCAAACAAAAACUGCUUCCAUGCAUUCUCCUUUUCUUCUACACACAAACCAAAAAUCAAUGACUAAGAAUUGUGUAAUUACUUAAAUGAUUACAUUUUAAAACAAUAUACGUAAAAUCAGCAGCCGUGUCAGUCCAUCCCUCUGAAUCCAGCUGUGAAAUGCCUACAAAGUUUGGGGUCUUAUUGCUUUCUGUAUCAAUACAAAUACGUUUCACCACAGAAGUGCUCUUCUUACCAGUAGUUUGAUCGAGUGAGCACCAUCAUCACAUUACAUGUCAUUUAGCUGACGCUUUUAUCCAAAGCGACUUACAAUAAGUGCAUUUCAACCGCAGAGAUACAAACUUUAGAACAAGUUACAAGAAAGUACAAUUUUCAUAAAAUAAGCAGUUUGAAAACAUGUUAUAGAUAAGUGCCAUUAUAAAUAAAAGUGAGACCAUGUUAAGUUAAGACCAUCAGUUUGGUCCGUGUGACUCCAACAAAGAGACCACGCAGCUACGUGCUAGCUACGUGCUAGCUUUGUCCCAGCGGUACAGGUGUGGCGAAGUGGAUAGCCGUCACCAAAGGUCCUUGUGAGACAUUUUUUCUUAUAGUGCCGUAUUAGUGUAUGCGGAAUAGGGUCAGCAAUUAGCAAGCUUCUUUUGUUCUUCAAACAUCUCAGAAGGCUGCUUGAUGAACCACCACCACGCCACUUCUGCACAAGUUGAAUUAAUGAGAUUUAACGUGCGGGUGUGGAGGAUUCAAAGUUGGAAUGGGCUGAGUAAGGAUGGAAAUAACUGGAAACAUAUCUCUCUCUUGACAUUCAGCAACUAAAGUAUUGCCAUUUAAAUGAAUAGUAUGUAAUAUAAACUUAUCACUGGUUAGUUGUUACUUGUUUCGCUCUGUGGAUUUGGCGGUAUGCCUUAUCAAACGAUGUCCAUCUACAAUAUAUCAGUCUCACAUUUUUUUUUUUGGUUUCAGCUUUAUGCCUUUCCACCAGAUACCAUGUCAUUCAGAUGAAUCCAAAUGCACAAAACCGUAAAAUCGUAAUCCUGCCAGCAAGCACGGACAUGGAGUUGCAUGACCUUUUGUGAGGGCCUUUGUAGAAAAAAAAAAAGACAGAUAAUAUAGACGCUCGUUUAAAUUUGCCGUGUCAGCAAAAAAACCCCGCUGCGUGCUAAUGAUUUCUGCAGAGGCUUUAGUCUCAACCCGGGACGGACACAGCGAAGCCUUACGUUGCCGUGGCCGAUGUGGCGACAGCCUCUGCAUACUCUGUGAGGAGCCUGCAAAGGGUGUGUGCUCCUGAGGGUGUAACUCUGGGGCGCAGAAGGAGAGGCUUCUUCGACGAAGGGUCAGGUAACGUGGCGGCACUUCACUGGUAUUGCCGGAGACUGGAGCGUGCAGCGCUUUUCUCAUCCCACAGAGCAAUGAUGGGCCGUGUAAAUAGAGAGUGCGACAGAGUGGCACACUCGAGUUGCUGCAAUCCACAGUAUGUAUGUAGCUCACCGUGCUAUUAAAAGAAGAAUUCUCUGCUAUUAGUCUGAGCUGGGUAUCUGUAUAAAUUGAAGAGCACUCAGAGGGGAAUGAAAACUGCGUAAACUGAACGAAAGCUGUGAGCUUUUCUGUCUCCACGGUCAGGUUGCCUGAAACCUAUUGUGCAGUGCUACGUGAACUUGCUUAAAUAUUGUGUUUUUGAAAUGCGUGGCAGCAAGUGCAUUAAAAAAGGAAGAAAAGAAGCUUGUUUUGAUCUAUUGUUCCAUCAGUGUGUUUUCUCUCAUUUUAAACCAGUCAGUUGAAGCUAAUGGUCCUUGAACUUAAAUAUGUGCUGUAUUAGAAAACUAAAAAAAAGGUUUGAAGUCUGUUGUUUGUAUCGUAAAGUGAUUAAUUUGUGUACUUUCAUUUUGUUUGGGAGAAAACCAAGACGCAGUUGUGAGACAGGUGUCUUCUGUUCUGCACGGUGCCCGCAGAUUGCAGCAUGAACCUAAGCUUUUGUGAGAUGAACACAAAGACAACAAAAAAUGUAAUACCUGAUGCAUUUACAUCAGAGGCAUUGCUUUGUUUGGCCUUACAUUUCUGUUUCAAGGUUGCUGUUUUCUCUGCUCUUGCUUGUUUGAAUGGAUUGUUUUGUAUUUUGUGUUGUUUUAUUGCCCAUAUUAAACACGGAGGAUAAUCAAUGCGCCUCUUGC